AUGAAAUUUUUGAACAUAAUAUUUUUAGCUGCUGUUGCAACAGCAUUUGACUUAAAGCAAAUUCAUAAUUUAAAAAGAGCUGAUAAUACGGCAUGUACUGGAAGUUGCGUCGAAGCUGGAACUUACCAAAUGGAGCAUUGCGAAGAUGCUUAUGAUGAAAACAGUGCUGUUGCAGUUAUGGCUUGCGUUUGUAAAUUAGAUCUGAAAUAUUGGGAAACCUUAAGUGACUGUAUUAAAAAUUGUCCUGACUUUGCCUAUGAUGCUGGUGACAACGAACCUGGUGCUUUGCAAAGAACAUUCUGCCAAAAUUUAAGUGUAUACUCAGACGUCCCAAUCCCAACUGAAACUAAAGACGAUGACAAAGACUCGUCUGAAACAAAGAAGGAUGAUAAGAAUACAUCAGAAUCAAAGGCCGACGACAAGAAAACUUCAUCAUCGGAUAAUAAAUCAGCUAGUAGUGAUAAAGAUGAAAAGAGUAGCAAUGGUAAAUCUUCUACCGACGACAACGAUUCCAAAACUGGUUCUGUUACUGAUAAAGACUCAAAAACUACAAAUGAUUCCAACAAGUCUGACGACGACUCUGCUAGUGCUACAGGAAGAGGAGGAGAUUCAGAUACUGCUAGUGGCAGAGGAGCCCCAUCUACCAACACAGGUGAUGAUGAUAAUAACUCAAGUGGCACAUCCGGCGACGGCAGUUCUAGUGCCAGAUCUUCAGGUACCGCAAGCUCCACUGAUCUGUCUACCUCAAAUGGUUCUGAGAACUUGGCGACUACUUUAAGUAUUGGUGGUAUCAUUUACGCCUUGGCACUUCUUAUGCUUUAG